AAUAUGAUUGUUGUGCAUCUUUGUUUAUUUGAGAUCCUCUGGAGAGCGGUGCAGGCCAUUCAUCCAGACUGUGCUAUUAUUACUCAGCUUAUACAAGAGCAAGAGAUCUGCGUCCAGACGAAGAACAGAGAGACCAAGAACCAGACCCAACAAACAGGAUGUGGUACAGAUUGGGAUGGGAUACGGUGCUGGCACACAGCCAACGCUGGACAAUUUAUCAAUGUUUCCUGCACGGAAGUCUUUCAACAUUUCUCUAACAAUCAAGGAUUUAUUUACAGGAACUGCACGUCUAAUGGCUGGACUGACCCGUAUCCCUCAUAUGCAGAAGCUUGUGCUGUUGAAGAUGUUUCCGAGUCUAACACUGUGACAGCUUACUUCUCAACUUUGAAACAACUGUACACAACAGGAUAUGCAACGUCUCUUAUAUCACUCAUAACGGCUGUUAUCAUAUUCACCUGCUUCAGGAAGUUUCACUGUACCAGAAACUACAUACACAUCAAUCUGUUUGUCUCCUUUAUAUUACGGGCGAGUGCGGUGUUUAUCAAAGAUGCCGUUCUGUUCUCCGAUGAAACUCAGGAUCAUUGUUUAAUGUCCACGGCGACAUGUAAGACUGCUGUAGCUUUCUUUCAGUUCUGCAUUCUUACAAAUUACUUCUGGUUGUUGGUGGAGGGCAUGUACCUGCAGACGCUCCUUGCCUUUACGUUUGUAUCACAGAGGAAAUACUUCUGGUGGUACAUCCUAAUAGGAUGGGGUGUGCCAUCUGUUGUACUGAUCAUAUGGGUAUUGACCAGACAGUUCUAUGAUAACCGAGGGUGCUGGGAUGACACAGAUAACAUGUACAUCUGGUGGAUUAUUAAAGGACCAAUCACAGCAUCGCUGUUUGCCAAUAUCAUCAUCUUCCUAAAUGUGAUUCGAAUCUUGGUUCAGAAAUUGAAGAGUCCUGGAGUAGGAAGCUGUGACACAGGUCACUACAUGCGCCUGGCCAAGUCCACUCUCUUCCUGAUUCCUCUAUUCGGGAUGCACUACACUGUGUUUGCCUUUCUGCCAGAAAACACAGGCGAAGUCGUGCGUUUCUUCAUCGAGCUCGGCCUCGGCUCAUUUCAGGGCUUUGUGGUGGCCUUACUUUACUGUUUUCUGAAUGCAGAGGUACAGGCAGAGUUAAAGCGGAGACUAUUGAAAUGGAAGACACAGACCCAUCUGAGUCCCAGUAAAAAGCACCGGGCCACUGUUACUCAAAUCUCAAUGCAUGAGGUUGAUGGGGUUCACGUCAACAAUGGUAGCAUCACAUCUGUAUGAAUGAAUCCACCUGAUUUUCCAGGUUUAAGGUUACACAGUGUCCUAAAGUCUUUAAGAGCUUUAGGUUUGGCUCUGGUGUGAAAGAGGAAAUGGGUCUGAAAUACCUUUCAGUUGUAGAUGUGAAAGAUCAUCUCAUGUGAAAGGUUAUUUGGGUUCUACAAGCAGAUGUUAGUACAACAUUACAGAUUGUAACAGUCAGUAAGUGUAUAGCGGUUUGAUUGAAGGAGGACAAUAGUGGAUUUAAAGUAGUUAAUGCUAAAGAAGAUGUAUGGGUAAAACCAUGAUCCUUGAUGAUUUAUAAAAUGCAGGUUCCGUCUCUUUGAAAGAAUAAAAGCAAAUAAAGGCAACACAAAAUUAAUCCAAAUGACAAUAUAAUGACACGACACAAGGAGUAAAUGCUGUGGAUUACAGGUUAUAAUGUUGUAAGUAAUGUUUAGUUUCUUGCACAAACAGAUAUUUUCAAUAUAUAUCAAUAUAUCAUCAAAAGCCAGAGAAAUAAAUUCUGUAUCUGCAUUUAUCUUUCAGAGAGGUGGCGUCUGUGAUCUUGCGUUUUAUGAAUUUAUCUUAAAAUCUUCAUUUCUGUUGUGCUGAAUAAAAAUGUCACGCACAUGUGACCUGAGGGCGAGUAAACUAAAAGCAAAUUAUAAUAUUUUCUAUAAUAAACUAUCCCUUUAAAUUCAAAACAUUUUGUGUUCUGGUAAUAAUAAUGAAGUUGAUCAAUGACGUUGAAAAGUGUCUCUUGAAUGUUGUUCUAUCUGUAAUGUUUGAUUGUUGUAUGUGAAUGAAAAUGACUGAAAAACAUUGAAAAUCUUUUUUUUAUUUCCUCAUUCCACAUUAAUUCUGUCAAGUGCUUGAACAGUCCUGUAACAGAAAAAUGUUCAUGUCUGUAGCAGUGGUUCUCAAACUUUUUGGUGUCCCCUCCCAUGGUGCAUCCUUUCAA